AUGGAAUCUAUCUAUUUUGUUCACAUCUAUCCAUCUAUUCAUCUAUCUAUGUAUCUAUUUAUGUUUGUUCAAUCUAUCUAUCUGUGUUUCUUCUAUAUAUUUUCAUCUAUUAUCUAUCUAUUAUCUCAUCUAUCAUCUAUCUAUCUAUGUUUGUUCAUAUCUAUCUAUCUAUCUAUCUAUCUAUGUUUGUUUUAUUUAUCUAUCUAUCUAUUCAUGUUUGUUCAUAUCUAUCUAUCUAUCCAUUAUUCAUCCAUCUAUUCAUCUAUUUAUCAUAUCUAUCUAAGUUUGUUUUAUCUCAUCUAUCUAUCAUCUAAUUCUAUACAAAAUCAUUCAUCUAUCUAUUCGCCCAUUCAUAUAUCUUCAUCUAUCUAUUCUGUUGAUAUUCAUUCAUUAUCCAAGUUUGUUCAUAUUAUUUAUCUAUUCAUUCAUCUGUUCAUUCAUCAUAUCUAUCUAUUUCAUUCAUCUAUCUAUUUAUCUAUCUAUUCCAGUCUGUUCAUAUCUAUCUCAACAUUGUUCAAAUUCAUCUAUCUAUCUAUCUAUCUAUCUAUCUCAGUUUGUUCAUAUCAUUCAUAUCAUCUAUCUAUCUAUCCAGUUUGUCUACAUUCAUCUAUAUCUAUCUAUCUAUCUAUCUAUUCAUCUAUCUAUCAUGUUUAUAAAUUCAUCUAUCUAUCUCAGUCUGUUCACAUUCAUUUAUCUAUCUAUCUAUCUAUCUCAGUCUGUUCAUAUUCAUCUAUAUCAGUCUGUUCACAUUCAUAUCUAUCUAUCUAUCUAUCUAUCUAUCUAUUAUCUCAGACUUUUCAUAUCUAUCAACCUAUCAACCUUUUCAUAUCUAAGUCUGUUCCUGUCUAUGUGAAUAAGAACAAAAAUAAGGUUAAGGGAAUUUGA